UUAACUGGCCGGUCACCCAACAAGGUGGGUCUGAGAAGUUGAGAGCUCUUUAUGCUUUCGCAUUCCUCUUCGCGCACCCUUUUUCCUCUUUCGGUAAAUACGAGAGCUACCCCCUUCCAACUAUGGCGAUGUCCAUUGAAGGCUUGCUGGGCUUGCUUUUAUGUUUUCAGCUAGCAUCUUACUACAGAUCCUGGCUUGUGCAAUAUACAACAAUUGGUGGCCCAUGUUAUCAGCUCUAAUGUACGUGCUGGUACCUAUGCCUUGCUUAUUUUUCGGAGGUGGUUCAACUCAGUUUCUGACUAGUCAGGACAGUGGGGGUUGGAUAAAUGCUGCAAAGUUUUUUACAGGAGCUUCAGCUGUGGGGAGCUUGGCCAUUCCUAUAAUCCUUAGGCAUGCUGAAAUGAUCCAGACAGGAGCCAUGCUUAUCGAGUUCACAUCCUUCUUCAUAUUUGUUUGCACUGUCCUGUGUUUCCACCGUGCUAGCCUAGAGGACGAUUGGUGAUAACCGUGAAACUGGCUGUGUUUCCACCAUGCAUACACUGGCAAGCAUACAAAAUUUCCUACUAUGUACAAUCCGCUUAAUGUAUAUCUCUUAUCGGGCUGUUCGAUGAACUCAUAGUUUGCUUUAUUCCUUCACAAUUUCGGGUUCUUAUGUAAGUCUAGAUAUUUGGAAGAUGACGACAGAAAUGUUUGUAAGCCAAUACAAAGAAAAAAAAAAAAAAGGCAGCAUUUGCUUGUACUUCGGGUUAUUGGGGUUCGUGCAUCAUGUGUACCAACGUGGCUGCAAGGAUGAAGCAGAACACGGCGUUUGCUGCUUUUGUUGUAACGAGGCAGCGUCGUUCGUCUUUAUAAAAUUAUCUUCCGUUUAAUAAUUUUUAAGUUAA